GGCAAAGCGCACAAAGGCAAUCAUCCACAAGAUCAUGGAUACGAAUUGCCCACAGUUCGACAUCGCGGAGCCCUCGCAGGCGCUGCGCUAUGCAGCAUUCUUGAUUCAAGUUUGCACAUUAUGGACGAAGGAGUUUGACGUCCUGGAGCGACGUGCACAGGCUAAGCUGGACGAUUGGUGGAAGCCGAACUCUCGUAGGUGGAGGUGGAAGAUGGAUCACCAGAUCUCGGAGGAAUACUUCCAGAACGCCAAGAGCGAGCUUCGGCGUCAGCUAGAGGAGGCGGUGCCGACCUUCCAGGAGAUCAGACAACAUGUAUUGGAGCGGAUAAAUGAGGCGGCGGAACAGGAGGAUAACUAGAGGUCAUGCAUGUUGACGCGCGAAGCCUGCUAAUGUCAUUUUUGGGCUGUAUGAAGAGUAUCCGGUCUGAGUGCGAUAAGUGGUGAACUCAUGAUUGCUACUGAUGGUACAUAUCGCCGCUUGCCAGCGCGACGUCCGCU